GAACAUGCCUGAACCCGGUAAGUCCGCGCCCAAGAAGGGCUCCAAGAAAGCCGUGACCAAGACCGCCGGCAAACCCGGCAGGAAGAAGAGGAGGCCCAGGAAGGAGAGCUACGCCAUCUACGUGUACAAGGUGCUGAAGCAGGUCCACCCCGACACCGGCAUCUCGUCCAAGGCCAUGAGCAUCAUGAACUCGUUCGUCAACGACAUCUUCGAGCGCAUCGCCUCGGAGGCGUCUCGCCUGGCUCACUACAACAAGCGCUCCACCAUCUCCUCCAGGGAGAUCCAGACCGCCGUGCGUCUCCUGCUGCCCGGCGAGCUGGCCAAGCACGCCGUGUCCGAGGGCACCAAGGCCGUCACCAAGUACACCAGCUCCAAGUAAAGCGCUCUGCUGCUGCAGUCGAAACCCAAAGGCUCUUUUAAGAGCCACCCACUUAAUCUAGAGACUCUCAGUACUUUGCGUAGGUAUGACCUGAAGGGGAGUUGCUUCCUUCAGGUCAGACUCUUUAUCUGUAUUUUGAACCUAUCAUACUACGGUAAUUUAUGAAUUAAAUCAUGGCGCAUUAACCUUUAAGGCUGGGUUAUCUGACUCUUCGAAGUGCACCAUUUUUUGACAGUACCACUCAAAAGACUGGCUCUUUGAAAAGCAUCACAUGAUCCUUUGUAGAAGUUGAGACGCCACCCUUAUUUGUGCUUGAGUCAGUUGAUUGUUUUCUGAUUUGUUCUACGGUCACUGUCGGUGGCAUAAGGUGGUUUGACCCAGAUUUUAAAGUUUUUCUGCAUUUUUCCUUAACCUUGCUGAUCAACCCCAGAAAAGUGAAUCUAAAUGCUAUGUUUGCUUUGAGCAUUUCAUACUGUCAGAGUUCGUUUCAUUUUUUCUUGUUUAAAGUCAUGGCUGAUUCCAGACAAACGUGGUACAGUAAUGAAGAAAAGGAGAAAAGUAAAUCUUAAGAUACAUGGUCAUGCUCUUGCCUCACAGGAAGAAGGUCCUUUGUUCAAAUACCUGCCAGGGCCUUUCUUUUGAAGUCUGUACCCAAAAACAUGCAUGUUAGGUUAAUCGGGGAACCCGCAUUGGCCCCAGGUGUGAAUGUGAGAGUGCAUGGGUGCCUGUCUCUGUUGGCCCUGCCAUGGACUGGGUAACUGUCCAGGGUGGACUCCGCCCUCGCCCAUAAGCAGCUGGGACUGGCUCCAGUAACACAGGAGACAGGAUUGCACCAAUCCAAGCCAGACUUUUAUCUGAGAUGGCUGCCUCUGCAACUGUGGUUAGUCAUGGUUACAUAGAUACAGAAUUCAGUUUAUAAUAAAUCAAAGAUCUUAAAUGGAUUAAAAUGUACUAAAGUACUGUCAUCUGAAUGUGGAUGUUAAAUAUAUUUCAUCAGACAUAAUUGUUUUAUUUAGUUCAUGUAUCAUGUACUUUUCAAGGAGAAAGGCCCAACUGAUCCAUGUGGGGGCCCCCAGUGCAUACAAAAAAAGACCUUGGGGAGCUUCUUCAAGGUCACUGGGUAAACCACAAGAUCCUCUCGUCACCAGGAACAGCAGGCUGUGGCCACUGAGCUUCAGUCUUACCUACAUUGUGUCAGAUUUGACAGUGAAGAGAACCCACGGGACUGGUGGAAGGAGCACCAGAAACUCUACCCACGAGUUUAAAAGCUGUCAAAAAAAAAAACAAAAAAAAAAAAACUUGUGGAUUCCAGCAGCAAGUUUCCUAUCAGAGAAUUUUUAGCUCUGGGGAAACGGUGACCUGCCUUCACUCAUCACUCUAGCCAGAACAUGUUGACAAACGUGUUUCUGGCUAAAAACCUGGAGGCCGAACAGCCUCAAGUGAUUUCCUUUUCUGUAUAAGCUGUUCAAUCAUUAGUUAUUGAGAUGCACUUUGAGA